AUGUGGCUGCCUCUGCUUCUGGGAGUCUCGCUCUGGGCAGCACUGUGGUUGCUCAGGGACCGGCAGAGCCUGCCCGCCAGCGAUGCUUUCGUCUUUGUCACCGGCUGUGACUCGGGCUUUGGGCGGCUUCUGGCACUGAGGCUGGACCAGAGAGGCUUCCGGGUCCUGGCCAGCUGCCUGACCCCCUCAGGGGCAGAGGACCUCGAGCGGGUGGCCUCCUCCCGACUCCACACCACCCUGCUGGAUGUCACAGAUCCCCAGAGCGUCCGGCAGGCAGCCAAGUGGGUGGAAACACACGUCGGGGAAGCAGGGCUUUUCGGUCUGGUGAAUAAUGCCGGCAUGGCUGGCCUCAUCGGGCCCACACCUUGGCAGACACAGGAGGAUUUCCAGCGGGUGCUGAAUGUGAACACACUGGGUCCCAUCAGGGUCACCCUCGCCCUGCUGCCCCUGCUGCGGCAGGCCCAGGGCCGGGUGAUCAACAUCACCAGUGUCCUGGGCCGCCUGGCAGCCAAUGGAGGGGGCUACUGUGUCUCCAAAUUUGGCCUGGAGGCGUUCUCUGACAGCCUGAGGCGGGACGUGGCUCCUUUCGGGGUACGAGUCUCUAUCGUGGAGCCUGGCUUCUUCCGAACCCCUGUGACAAACCUGCAAAGUCUGGAGGACAACCUGCAGGCCUGCUGGGCACGGCUGCCUCCAGCCACACAGGCCCUCUAUGGGGAGACCUUCCUCACCAAGUAUCUGAGAGUGCAGCAGCGAAUCAUGAACCUGAUCUGUGACCCGGACCUGACCAAGGUGAGCAAGUGCCUGGAGCAUGCCCUGACUGCCCGUCACCCCAGAACCCGCUACAGCCCAGGCUGGGACGCCAAGCUGCUCUGGCUGCCAGCCUCCUACCUGCCAGCCAGCCUGGUGGAUGCUGUGCUCACCUGGGUCCUUCCCAAGCCUGCUCAGGCGGUCUACUGA